UGGAUGGUGCUGACCUCUGGCUGAUGCCAGGAGAAGGGCUCUGCUGCUGGAUAAGUUCCUGGUGGUGACGUGAGUACGGCGGCCUGGCGGCGUGUAGCAGCGGUAAACAGCCUCAGCGGACACCAAGUCACCGCGACACCCACCCCGGACUCGUCUUCACUCCACUCCAGCUUCAUCACUUUUUUAUGUGGAUGAAUUGCUCGACAGCGAAUCAGCUCCCUCGUUAGUCGGCCAUGUUUUUAAUUUAACCGCCGCUAGCAAAAGCCGUUAGCUCGUCUCCGCUUUGGCGUUUUUUCGGAUUUUUCAGGUAGUUAAGUUAGCCUAGAUUUAGUGAUGUCUUUGAGAUACUGUCACCACCACCAUCAACACCACCACCACCACCACGGACUCCCUUCACUGCCUGCCGUCUGAUGGGAGGCUGAGGGCAACGAUGCUGAGAUUCCUCCACAUCCUUCUGACAGGCCUUUUAGGUGCGCUGUGGGAUGGAGUGACUGCUUUUGGAGGGGUCCGACUAGUGGAUGGACAUAACAAUUGCUCCGGCAGAGUUGAGGUGCGCGGCCACGACCAGUGGGGGACCGUGUGCGACCAUGGCUGGGACCUCCGGGAGGCUGACGUGGUGUGUCUGGAGCUGGGCUGCGGCUUCGCUGAAUCCGCCGUUCGCGGCGCGGGGUUCGGCGCAGGCAGUGGAACGAUCUGGCUGCAUCACGUCCAGUGCUCCGGACACGAAUCCAGUCUGACGCGCUGUGCCGUCGUCCUCAACACUAACUCCUACUGCACCCAUGAGAAUGACGCAGGUGUGAAAUGCUCAGGUGCCCUUUUGGUGCCCACACUCACCCUGCUGUCACCUCACACUGUGUUCUCUCCCGGGGAGGCUGUUCGUUUUAGCUGCAGUGUGCUGCUGGGUCACCACCUCAGUGACUUUCACCUGUACCAGCACGGAGUGUCCACCCCGCUGGUCACGCAGAGGGCGGACCAGGUCCAGACGAGAGUGGAGCUCACUCUGUCCGACAUAGAGACUUUCCACCAGGGCAGCUAUAGUUGUCGGUACAGGAUCAAGGGCGACUUCCCCUCCGAGCUGCUCAGCUCUCCACCUAGCAACUCCAUCAACAUCACUGUGGUGGAGCUCUUCACUCCCCAACACUGGUACAACACGUCCGCUGAGGCCCCGGCCGGUUCCGUCAUUAAAGGCCACAGUUUUAAUAUCACCUGCUCCACGACGCAGCAGUACCCCGGGGGUUCCUUCCAGCUGCGUCUGAUCCGCUCCAACGGCACAGUGCGCCAGUCUCUGCCCGCCCUCACCCCGUCGGUCACAUUCACCUUCCCGAAUGCCCAGCGCUCCAACGAGGGCUACUACUACUGCCUGUAUCGGGUCCAAAUGGGUGGACGCACCUUCGUCUCCAGAGAAAGCCAACCCCUGCCUGUAGCCGUCAGAGACCCGGAUCCGGUGCUGAGUCCGAUGGUGAUCAGCUGGCUUGUGUCUGGCCUGACAUUUAUUGUUGCCGUCAUCAUCAUAAUCAUCGUGGCCAAGGUGCUGUGCAACAAAGAGAAGAAGCCGUCUGAGCUGGAGCGAGAGACCAGAACCUGUGUGGACAACACGUAUGUUGCCUUAUCUAUUAACAAGCUAUGACCGAGGAUGCAGGCAACAGAUAACCUACAGGUACCGGAGACGGCGGGAGAGGAGUGACGCUGCCAAACCGCUCGGCCGUCGGUCAUCCACCACACUUCUGGAAAAGGUGUCAGCUGGAAGCCGUGAUCAGUGGAUGAGGAACAGUUUUACUCUAAAUCUCCUUUGAUUGACCUAAGACUCUACUGCAGUAUUCAUUCAUUACCAAACUUCAGGCUAACGUUACUGCUGGAAAACGGUGGAUAUGAUUGGCUGUCAAAAGCUGCAUUGUGUCGAUGUAAGCAUCAGGAGACGGUUACACAGCGGACACUAUUUUUAGUUCGUUUAAUGGUUCAAGCUGGACUUAAGAUCCACUCAGACGUGGCUACUGCCAUGACCCCAGCUUCACAGUGUGGAAGACUGUGACACUAGUUCUCACUUAAAAGUAUUGUUUUGUAUUUAUUAACAGGCGACACUAAUGACAGGCUCCACCAGCUAAUACUGUACUCGCCCACAGAUCAAUGAUCCUUAAGAUUCGAGGAUGUUUUUUUUUCUUCUUUUUUUGUAUUUUAUGUCUAACACUACUAUGCAUCUUAUGUCAUUAACGGUAUGUAUAAUAAUAAUAAUGCACUAAAAUGUGUACAUAAACGCUGUAGUUAAUUAAAAUGCUGCUGGUGUUGGCGCCUCUGGGUUUAA